AUGAUGCAAAGCAAACUGAGGAAAACCUCAGCUCUUAGCAAUAGUUGUGAUCCUGCUGUAGUAUCUAUGUCAAAAGAGCUUGCAAGCCGUAAUUGUGGUGAAAAGCCCUUCAAAUGUGAGUACGCCGGUUGCGACAGGAGAUUCGCCAAUUCAUCGGACCGUAAGAAACACUCGCACGUCCAUACAUCAGACAAGCCAUACAACUGCCGUGUCCAUGGUUGUGACAAAUCGUACACCCAUCCGUCAUCCCUCCGCAAGCAUAUGAAGGUCCAUGGUGCAGCAGGGGAUGCCUCACCACGUUACGACAGUGAUGGAGAUGACUCUUCUUCAGCUGGAAGCGUUAGUGUAACCGCCGGUGCUGCGAGCCCGCCAGUCCCCGUUCCACCACCACCAAUUCCCCCAGCGCCGCACCAUCCACAACACCACCCCACCAUCACGGACAAACUAGAAAGCCUUAACGAUAAAUACUUAAGUCCCCAUGACCAAAAAACCUAUGAAAGACCCCCACCACACCAUCAGCCACAUUUAACGAAUAUAGGUGGUAACGGUAUGAUGGAGAACAAACUAGGUUUCACAGGUCACUGGGGCCAGUUCCAGCAGCCGGCUCCACCUGUGCCCCAUGGUGUGCCUGAAUGGUGGUGUCCUUCACAAGAGUCAUACCACCAUCACCACCUAAUGCACCAUUCUGGGGCGGCAGCGGCCUACUGA